UUCUGCUUCCCUCACUCUCACAGCCCAGCCAGUAUUUUGGGUAGAGCUCUGCUCUACUGUACUUAGUCUACUUAAGCUUUGGCUUUGACUUUGGGUUUCGGGUGUCAGUCAGUCGCGCUCCCGGCAUUUAAUCGCAAAGAGGCAAAUUUUCAUUCCAGAACAUUUUUUUCUUCUUUGGAUUGAAGAUGUGUGAUUCCAGAAGAACCUAAGAAUUCUAAAAAGUUUGAGAAGGUUAGUAGUGACCAAGGAGAGUUUUGUGCGAAAUACGUCGUCAAAGUGUUCACCAAAUACGACCCAAAGUCACUCCAGAUCGGUAGUGCGUGAAGCGUGAAGAAUAAGGAAGUGCAAUUUGAAGAUACGUCGAGAAGAUUAUCCAAAUCUGAAACAGAGGAGCACGUUCACGAAAUCCAAAGUCCAGCAAAAAUAUAUUCCCAUAGGGAACGUGACCAGUUGCGACCGGUCACAAGAUUUGACGGAUUUUCGCCGCGCCGGCCAUCGCGCGUAGUUUCUUGUGGCGUGUCCUGCGCAGUGAGUCGAGCAAUUUACGCGUGUCGAGAAGUGAAAAUCUCGCGGAAAAUCGACAGCAAAGCACCCCCCACAGUGAGUGUGUGAAUUGUAUUGAUUUGGGGGGCCGUUUUCGCAAGUGUUUUUCUCACCCAGUUGUGUCAGUGUCGGAAAAUUGGCUGCCAAAAGAGCGGCGAAAAAAAAAGAGUCGAAAGCAACAUAAAAAAAAAUAAAACAGCAGCGAGGAAAAGUGCCGCCUGCAAGGAAAAAAAACCUCUAGCAGAAGAAGACCAUUUACAGAUUUUCCCUUCGACGACGACUGCGGCAUUGUGGUGCAUUUUCACGAUUUGGUCCGAAUUUUUUCUCUGACGUAGGGGCAGGUUCGCUCUCCGUCCCGCAAUCUCAACCCAAAGGAAGCAAAUUCUGCAGAAAUUAUUCAAGAGACCCUGUGGGAUAAUUAAGUCAACUACUCAUCCGAAUCAAGAUCUGUGCACGAGAAACGCAAACCAACACUAAUAAAACAAACAACCAAAGUGUACCAAAUUGGUUGAGCAAAUUGACCAAGUGCACCCAACUGCCCGACCAGAGUGAAGGAAGAGCUCGUCCGCGUCAGUCAGCUGAGCGUCACUCUCGUGGCUUGCGAGUGUCCUCGGGUUCGGUUCCCGCAGGUGUUGAUCGUGUCGGCAGAUUUUUUUUCCUUGCGCUUUGAACAUCGGUAGUUCAACGUCCCACUGCUUGGGAGGUGUUUGAAAGCAAGCCAACUUGUAGCGAGAGGGGUUGUGAGUGAAGGAAAAAAACGUAAACAAAAAUUCGCACGACAUCGGUCUAUUUUUAUUCGGGCAUUUUUUGAUACAAGAAAGAAACGCGAGUAAAGUGAUAAAAGAAAAAAAAGAAGAAAUUAUCAAGAUCGAGAGAAGAUCAAAGCGUACGAAAAUUGUGUUGUUGCCUAAUGUAUCAGAAAAGUUAGAAGGUAAAAAGUGUACAAGGCGCGAAAAGAAAAUUUCUGUUUGAGAUCUUACAUGUCAGCAAGUGGAAAAAUUAGCGAAAUUACACACGAAUCCUAGCGGAGAAGAAAUUUAUCACGUGCUUAGAAGCGAAAGCAAAAUCUUGACAACAGCACGAAAAAAAGUGAUUCUGUGAAUUUUUCGGUUGUGUUGCGAAACAAACCCUCACAAUAGCUUCGAAAACAGCAUCUCCGAGCAGCUGGAGAGGGAGCAGCAAAACAGCGGAAGAUGUAAUGGAAGACGACAGCGGAUCGGAUGAGGGCUCGGCCACGCGCCGGGGCCGUUUUCGCGUAUCGGCGCCACCGGCGGGACCACCCGAGACCACCGUUGGACGGUUCCGGCUGGUACCGCAGGGAGGAAACUAUGGGCCCGCAUCGCCAUUCCUGCAGCGUGGCCGCUUUUCCGUCAUUCCGGAGGAGCCACAAAAUUCGCCGAGCGCCACCAUAACACCGCCCAUAAUUACGACGGAUCGGCAGGCCUCUCCGGACUGGGACUUUGACGACGACAAGCAAAUUUAUCCACUCGAUCGUCGAAACGAGCGAUCAAAAGGAAAAGAAGAGAAGCGGAAAGAGAAAACAAAAGUGACUCACGAAGAAUAACAAUCCACGCUGGGUGAAGAGUGGUGUUGGUGAGGAAAAUUCGCGAAAAAACAAGGCAAAAUUGGAAGAAAAAGUUUGCGUGUU